AUGUCUCGUUUCUUCCGUGAAGGUGAUAGCGAUUCUGACGCUUCAACCGACUCGUCGAGCUCCGACGAUGAGCGCGAGGUGCUGCCGACGACACGCGGCGUGAUACGGCGAGACUUUGCUUACCCAAGUGAUGACGAAGUCGAGGAGAAGCGCGUCGUCAAAGCGCACAAAGACCGCAAGUACGAAGAGCUGAAGAUGCUGAUUCGGAAAACGCGGAAUGCUAGAAAUGUCAAGGACUUCUCGGCUCUUUACGAUCAUUUCGAGGAGCUUUGCAAGGGAUUCGAGAAAAUGAAGCCCAUUCUCCGUCGCCAAAACCUUCCCAUCCCGCGUUUUUACGUGCGUUACCUGGUGGAGUUGGAAGACUUUGUCCAGGAAACGUGGAAGGACAAAGAUGCCAAAAAGACCCUCUCCAAAGUCAACCAGAAUGGUCUGAAUCGAUUGCAUCAACGCGUGAAGAAACACGCUGAGGGGCACACAGAGCCGUCUCUAGAUUUGCUGGCAGCCGUCAAGGAGUUUCGCGAGAAUCCGGAUCCGGUUGGCUAUGAAAGUCCGGAAGAGGAGGAGAAGCCCGAAGACGAGGCACCUGGUGCUGAAAGUGGGGAUGAAGAUGAGGCCCCGAAACCCAAAGCAAAGGCUCAAAAGGAUGUUGACUCCGAUUCUGAUGAAUGGUCUUCUGACACCGACAGCACCACCUCUGAAUCAAGCAUUGAUCUAGGCGAGCAACAAAUGGAGGAACUGCGAAAAUACUUCCUCAAAAAAGAGUUCCGUGACGAUCUUCCCGAUGAGAAGAAAAAGAAGAAGGAGAAGCGUGAUGACAAGCAGCGUCGCAAGAAAAUCUCGAUCGUCAGCGAGGAUGAGGAAGAAGAAGGCUGGACCGAGGUUGGCAAGAAGGACGAGAAGGUCGUAUUGUUCCCACCAAAGACCGAAAUCACCAUCGAGCUCUUCAUUGAAAAAUUCAACGAAAUCAUGGCUGUUCGCGGGCGUAAGACUACAAAUCGUAAGCAGCACGUCAGGACGCUCCAGGAGCUCUACAAUAUAGCUGAAGAGAAGAAAUUCGGCGGUGGUGUCCUGGUGAAGGUGCUGUUCAGCAUCGUCUCUGCCCUCUUCGAGCUAAGCGUCAGUAUAAGUGACAGCAUGGAUUUCCAAACCUGGCACAAGGCCCUGGCUGCUAUCAUCAACCUGACGGACCUGCUUAUCGAGUCGGGGGUUCAUCUUUCGAUUGGCAUCACUGAGGAAGACGAGAAUUUGACGGAUCCGGAGAAGCCCUACAAGGUCAACGGUUCUAUCCUGCUCUCCAUCCAGCGUCUCGAUACCGAGCUGACCAAGAUUCUGCAGAAUGCCGACUGCCAUUCAACGGAUUACAUUGACAAGCUGAAGGGCGAGAAAGAUCUUUGCGGUCUCAUUGAUAAGGUGCACAGCUUCGUGGAUGAACGUCUUGAUAGUGGGCUCUUCGAAAAGGCAGAAAUUUGCAAAAUCUAUAUGCUCCGGAUUGAUCAUCUCUAUUACAAGUAUGCCGAUACGAUCGAGUUGCCGAACGGCGUCACCGCUCAUGCGUUGAUGGAGAAGCUUUGCAAGCAAAUUUAUGCGCUCGACGAUGAGAAGCGCUUGCGUCAGCGUGCCAUGCUCUGCCACGUCUACUUCUUGGCCCUGCACGACGAAUGGCAUAGGGCUCGUGACUUGAUGCUGAUGAGCCAUCUGCAAGCAAUCGUCGACCAUUCUGAUGUCUCGACGCAGAUUCUAUACAACCGCACGAUCUGCCAGCUGGGUCUCUGUGCCUUCCGCCACGGGUUCAUUCGGGAGGCUCACCAGGGUCUCUCCGAGAUUCAAAACACGCAACGUGCCAAGGAGCUGCUUGCCCAGGGCAUCGCCAUGCGUCAACAUGACAGGACUGUGGAGCAGGAGAAGCUUGAGCGCAGUCGCCAGGUGCCCUACCACAUGCAUAUCAAUGUGGAGCUGAUGGAGUGCGUCUACCUGAUCUGCUCGAUGCUCCUCGAAAUCCCGCACAUGGCCUCGCAUGAGUUCGAGCUGCGCAAACGUCUCCUCUCCCGCUCGUUCCACUAUCAACUCAAGCAGAACGAGAAGUCGUCCUUGGUCGGACCCCCGGAAAACACUCGUGAACAUGUUGUCGCCGCUUCGCGGGCUAUGCUUGCUGGUGACUGGAAGAAAUGCCGCGACUUUAUCGUCAACGAGAAGAUGAACGGAAAGGUCUGGAAUCUGUUCCGCAACUCGGAUACCGUGAAGAAGAUGGUGAUUCAACGCAUCCAAGAGGAAUCGCUGCGCACCUAUCUUUUGAUGUACUCGACUGUCUACACCACGGUCUCGCUCACCAAACUGGCUGCCCUGUUCGAACUUGAGGAGAAACACGUUCACUCGAUCAUCAGCAAGAUGAUCAUCUCCGAGGAAUUGUCGGCGACCCUUGACGAGCCAACGGGCUGCGUGAUGAUGCAUCGCGUCGAGCCGAGCCGUCUCCAGCUUCUGGCUCUUCACUUGACCGACAAGUUGCACCAAUUGGCCGAGCAAAAUGAACAGGUCAUUGAGCCUCGUGGUGCUGGCGGCCGCGGUUAUAACGGGCCCGGCACUUGGUUUUCCAACCGUGGCGGAGACCGUGGAGACGACAAGAAGAAGCAGCAGUUUCAAGGCGGACGAGGCGGAGACCAGCGCGGCAAGGGCAACGUCUGGGGAGGUGGAUCGUCUCGCGGCGGACAUCAGCAGGGCCGACGAGGUGGUCAUGAAGGAGGCCGUCCCCGCAAC